AUGGCCCAUAACUGGCUCGCCGAUUGCUCCGAAGAAAACUCGGCCAAAUGCCCGCAGAAUAAGGUCUCAGCACUGCCCACCCGUCUCGUUGAUGUUGGUCUGAAGGAAGAGGAAGAGCCGCGACUGGACACGACAGCCGGCGAGACCUGCGCAUACAUGGCGCUGAGCUACUGCUGGGGCAAGGAUCCCACAGGCCGAAAGCUCACUUCAGUGAACAAGUCCAGUACUGCGGCGGGGGUGCCUGUAGACGAGCUCCCCGCGACGGUCCGAGAGGCUGGGCAGGAUGCUCCUGCGAGGACCGACUGGGAACGAGAGGCCGUCCUAAUGGAACAGAUCUACAGUCGAGCACGACUGACGAUCUCUGCAACUGCGACCGAAGAUGCUCAGGACGGACUGUUCCAGGAACGGUUAUACAUCCCGGAAGGACUGCCGUCCGUGAAGGCCAUGCAGGGUGGUAAUGAGGUCUGCUACGUGUGGAACCGCUUGUUAGGCUCCUCACAAACACCGGAGGCGAGGCCACUCGACCAGCGAAGCUGGGCGUUCCAGGAGAUGAUUUUCUCGUGCCGCAUCAUCAGCUUCGGGGUAGUCAGGCUCUCAUGGCAGUGCUCUUGUGGCUCACGAGAGGAAUAUUACUUGAAGUCCAGACCCCAUAUUGCCCUCCCGAUGACCGAGGUGGGCCGGAAACGACAGGCGGAGCGUUGA